GCAACAACAAAAUAUAUGUCAUGAUCGUCAUCUCAUCAUAUAAAUACUGUUGCUGUUGCUAUAUCGCAAAUCAUUGUGGAUUAAUUUUCAAUUAAUCAAUCGAACUAAAUCAAUUUUGUCAAUAAAAAAAACAAUUAUGGAAAAAAUUGAUAUCCAUGCACAUAUUCUGCCGGAAAUUCUUCCAUCAUUUAAAGAAAAAUUCGGUUAUUCUGGUUGGGUUCAAUUGGAACAUAAGAUCGAUUCGAAUGGUAAAAAAAUUUCUAAACUUAUUUACGAUGAUGGAUCAUUCAUGAGAGAUGUUGAUGAAAGACUCUAUUGCGUUCAGACACGUUUAAUGGAUAUGCAAAAAAAUGGUGUCAGCAAACAGAUUAUUUCAACCGUACCUGUUACAUUUAAUUAUUGGGCAAAAGGUGAAGAUAAUGAAUUUGUAUCAAGAUAUUUAAAUGAUAACAUUACACACGUUGUACGACAAUGUCCUGAUAAAUUAAUUGGUCUUGGAACGUUACCAAUGCAAAACGUUGAGCUUGCUAUUAAAGAAAUGAUUCGUUGUAAAUCUGAACUUGGAAUGAAAGGUCUCAUCAUUGGAACACAUGUUAAUGAUAAAUCAUUGGAUGAUCCAAUAUUCGAACCAUUUUGGAAGGCAGCCACUGAUUAUAAUAUGCCAUUGUUUAUUCAUCCAUGGAAUAUGGUUAAGCCUAAACGUUGGGAUAAAUUCUUUUUACCAUAUAUUAUUGGCAUGACUGCCGAAACUUCAACCGCUGCAUUACAAUUAGCAUUUAGCGGUGUUUUAGAACGUCAUCCUCGAUUGAAGAUUAUCCUUGCACAUGGUGCUGGAACAUUACCAUAUAUCAAUCAACGAGCCGAUCAAGCAUUUAAAUUUUAUCCAGAAAAUAUGCGUGACGAUGUUCAAACUCCUACCCAUUAUCUUAAAAAAAAUCCAAAUAUUUGUGCCGAUACAUUACUUCAUGAUCCAAAUGCAUUAGAAUUGGCAUUGAAUUUUUUCGGAUGCGAUUCGUUAUUACUUGGAUCAGAUUUUCCAUUCAAACUUGGUGAAAGUUCUCCUGGUUCAAUGAUUGAUAAUUCAUCUGAUCGUUUUUCUAUGGAAAUGAAACAGAAAAUGUUUCAUCUAAAUGCCGUACGGAUAUUUAAUCUUGAUUGAAUAUUUUUAAAAAAUUUAAAUAUCGAUUGUUACAGAAUCAAUAAUUUCGUCCAUUACUAUCCAAAGUGAUUCUUAAUUUUUUGAUGAUUAAAUUUUUAAAAAACUCUUUCAAA